GGCCUUUUUAUCCAGCUGCUGGGAUUGUGUCAUGGUUGGAAGGAGAGAGUGAUUUUGUAGCUGGAACAAAAGCUGAGUGCAAAUGGUUCCAUUGCAAGUUUUCUCAAUGUCACGAAUAAAGGAUGGAACAAGUUUGGCUUUCUAGGUUUGGAAUUUAUGGUAGCUACAGCUGGAAGUCUCAUACUUCACAUAGAAUUAAAUAACCAGACACUGAAGGGCUCUCCACUGCCAUUCAAAGUGUUCCCAGGGGCACUGGAUGUCUCCAGUUGUGUAGUUCAUUGGAAUAUUGAAACACAAUAUUUCCAACUAUUUUCACUGAUGGAGGGUUUCAUUCACCAGCACGAUCCAUAUGGAAAUCAUGUUCCAGGGUUUUAUGCAUUUGAUGCUGAAAUCAUUGAAAGCGGGACAAAUUUGAUAAUGCCUGUUACUGAUCUGCGGUUCACAGAGGCCGGUGUGGGUAUACAGUUGUUUUCUUUCAGCCUAGUGGAACCAGGGAACUUUAUGCUUGUGAUAUUUGAUAAGGAGCUGAACAACCACAUCUCCAACAUGCCAUAUCAAUUUACAGUCUACAUAGGUUAUUGCAAUGGAAUGAACAGCAUUGUUAACGGGACUGGUCUCAAUCAUUCAGUAGCUGGUGAAGUUGCAAGGUUUUCCAUUUAUUUGAAAGAUGCUUUUGAAUAUCCAUCUCUAAUUGAGUUGGAAAUGCUUCAAGUGCAAAUUUUACAUGAAGUGAAUCCCCAGCCUUUGCAGCUAAGCAUACAUCCAAAAAGGAUGGUCAAUGGUAGUUUUUCUGCUGGAAAACUCAAUCUUACUGAAGCCCAUGAAACGGAAAGAACAUUUACUCCUCCAGUUGACAAGCAUAUAAAUUCAUCUGGAAGCAUGAGCUUCAGUGUCUUUGAUGUCAGUUAUACACCUGAAAGGAGUGGAAUAUAUCAAAUCUGGAUAUUUUGUGGAAAUAUCCCUUUGAAUUCUGGUCACCCUUUUAGAAAAGUAGUAAGUCCAGGCAGGGUUAAUGCAUCUCUCUCAGGGGUUGUGAAAUUCGCUCCCAAAGUAGCAAAGCUGAUGAAGAACAAUAUCACUGUACAGCUCGUUGAUUCAUAUACAAACCCAAUCCUCUUACAACAGUCUAAGUUAAAACUAGAGAUUGCUUCGAUCAAUAGAUCAGGUUUUUUGACGUGGAUGUUUGUUGACAAUAAGGACGGUUCAUAUACUGGUAGCUAUAUGGGCAUGGAUACUGGAACAUAUGAGAUAUGUGCCUCAUUUGAUGGGAACCGUUUCUUUCCAUGCCCCUUUGGUGUGGCUGUGUACACUAGUGAAUAUUUUCCUAUAGUAUAUAAUGAUGUAGUCUGUUUGUGGGAGGAUGAAUCAAUUGCUUUUGAUGCUCUGGAAAAUGACUACUUUGCCGGUGAUAAUGCAACAAUUUAUGAAUUUUCAAAGCCUAGUCAUGGUUCACUUCUACAGUAUGGACAUCUCUUUAGAUAUACUCCUUAUAAAGGAUUUACCGGGAACGAUUCAUUCUCGUACACAAUAUCUGAUACAAAUGGCAACCUUGCUUCUGGAAGUGUUAAUAUAUCAAUCCUCAGCAUCCCCCCUCAAUUUGUUUCUUACCCAAGUCAGCUCCAAGCCACCGAAGAUGUAAUUAGUCCAAGAUUUGGUGGCUUUGCUGGGAUUGAGAUCAUAUAUUCAGAUUCAACUGAGAACAUCAGCAUUAGUCUCAGUGCAAAAUCUGGGACAGUCCUCCUUUGUCCUAUGCUAAUGCAAUUUUGGCAGCCUAACCAGAUAGUAUCUUCUUCUAUGAACAAAGAUGAUGAAGGGAAGGCUAAAGAGUUAACUUUAUCAGGAAGUUUGGAAGUAGUCAAUUUUGCCAUUCAAUCAAUUCAGUAUUAUGGGAAUGGAAACUUCUGUGGGAUUGAUACCAUAAGAGUUUGUACUAUUAACAGAAAUGGAAAGAAUGAUUUAGAUAUCCCGAUAUUUGUGGAGCCAAUCAAUGAUCCUCCAUUCAUAAAUGUCCCUUCAUAUGUUUUCUUGGAUCAAAGAGUUGAUGAAGAAGUAAUUUUUGAUAUGCAAAAAAACAAAUUUGAAGCCUUCAUUGGAGAUCCAGAUCUACUCAACUUUCCUGGAAAUAAGUCGCGUUUUGUGGUUAUGUUGAGCAUGGAAGUGAGCUCUGGGUUUCUGUCAACAAACCUUCCAGCUGAGCUUAUUCGCACUACUGAACUGAAGCUGAAGAGUAGUUAUCAGUGGCAGCCAGUUCAGACAUUUGUAACCAUCUCGAAACACUUUGCAGUUAAUAAAGCAAAAGGCAUUAGAUUUCGUGGAACACUUGACGACUGCAACAGUAUCAUGGAGCAAUUGGUUUAUCAUCAUGGAGGAGAAAAUUGUGCUGUUUUGAGUGUGAGUGUAAAUGAUAUGGGGAACUAUGGGUGCUAUCCUGAGUGUGCAGAGAUGAUGUCAAUGCCUCUUUAUGUAGAGGCCACUGUAAAUAUUGUCAGAAGAAGACCAAUGAAUGCUUUUCUGGCUCAUGCUCUAGGGGCAGCAAUUAUUAUGGAAUUCAUUUUUGUGUUUUCUCUGGGAGUGUUGCUUCUGUUCUUCAUCUGCAAGUGUGCGAUUUCCCUCGUUAAAGAAAGAAGGAAGAAGAAGAAGGCGGCGCCAGAGAUUGAACUCGUGACGAUUCAGAAAUCCCAUGAAUGCAGUAGUACAAGCAGGAAUGUAUCUCACAAUGUUGGCUGCUCUUCUACUUCCUUCUUGCUCACAACUUGGCCUUCCCACUUCCGCCAAAGGUCUCGGAAAAAGCCGGAAAUGGGAGAAUCUUCCCAGGCCGCCCACUCAGUUUAUCUCCCCUAAUCUGUCAAGCGUAUCAAAUCGUAGGCAUUUCUUAUAUCU